CAGCCAUGUCACGCCUUAUUUACGGGUUUAUAAUCUUGUCGGGCUUAGUCAUGGGACGGCCAGUAGCUGAAUGCUCUUCCAAGCCUCCGGCGUUCUUCCUGGCAGGCGACUCUACGACAGCACCGGACGGUGGCUGGGGAGAUGGCCUGCUAGCUACGCUCAAGAAGCCAGCCUGGGGUGUGAACAUCGGAAAGAGUGGCGCCACUACGGCAUCAUUCUUGGCCGGAGGGUACUGGGCCAAUACGACAGGGCAUGUUAAAGACAACGUAGCCAAAUACGACAGCUACGUCACCAUAAGUUUUGGGCAUAAUGACCAAAAAUCAACCAGUGGGGUUACCCUCCAGAAGUAUCAAGAAAAUCUCAUCAAAUUCGCCAAUGAAGUUAAAUCGCUGGGUGGCAAGCCGCUUCUUACGUCUUCGCUUACACGCCGCGUCUUCCCCUCCGGUCAGGACCACAAUGCCACGGACUCGCUUCACGACCAGCGCCUAGCUGCCAUUGCGGCGGCUAAGGCCACAAGUUCAACUAUAAUCGACCUCAACGAAGCAAGCUUGAAGUACAUUAAUGCCAUAGGGAAAAAGGCCGCUCGAGAAUUUAAUUACGGCGCAGACAUGUCGGACACGACACAUUUAAAUCCGCAUGGUGGCGCUGUCUUCGGUCGUAUGGUUGCAGACUUGAUCAUCCGCGCGGAUCCCUGUUUGGAGCAAUAUUUUACUCCUAACAAGACCCUGAGUGACUUGAUUUGGGGCGAUUUGCCAGCUUGAAGUAAUCAGGUUCAUGCGGUGGCUAUUGCUAAACUUGGGAGCCCGAAUCUG